AUGGACGAUAGUUUAUUGGCUAAAGAGAUAGAACAGAAAACAGAGAGUGAGAAGCAGAGAGUUACAUGGAAUGGUUUCAGUCAAGAAAUAAAGAGGAUAUGUCAUAUAGCAGGGCCUAUGGUGGCUGUGACUUCUUGUCAAUAUUUGUUGCAAGUUGUGUCAACCAUGAUGGUUGGUCACCUUGGUGAGCUCUACCUCUCUAGCGCUGCCUUAGCCAUCUCCAUUGCUGGGGUCACUGGUUUCAGUUUUCUUAUGGGAAUGGCUAGUGGACUGGAAACUAUUUGUGGACAGGCUUAUGGAGCUCAGCAAUAUCAAAGAAUUGGAAUGCAAACAUACACUGCUAUAUUCUCUCUCAUGUUGGUUUGUCUUCCCCUGUCUUUCCUUUGGAUCAACAUGGAAAAUAUACUAGUUUUCAUAGGCCAGGACACUCUAAUUGCACACGAAGCAGGGAAAUUCACAAUUUGGCUUCUUCCGGCACUUUUUGCAUAUGCAAUUCUACAGCCGUUAAUUCGAUAUUUCCAAAUGCAAAGUUUGCUUCUUCCCAUGCUUAUAAGUUCUUGUGUCACUCUUUGUGUCCAUAUACCUCUUUGUUGGGCUUUAGUAUUCAAGACUGAGCUGAAAAAUGUUGGUGGAGCAUUAGCAAUUAGCAUUUCGAUAUGGUCAAAUGUGAUUUUUCUUGGAUUAUACAUGAGAUACUCUUCUGAAUGUGCAAAAACCCGCGCUCCAAUUUCUGUGGAGCUGUUUCAAGGAAUCCGGGAGUUCUUUCGCUUUGCUAUCCCUUCUGCAGUAAUGAUUUGCCUAGAAUGGUGGUCGUUUGAGUUGCUUGUCUUGCUGUCUGGGUUGUUACCGAAUCCACAACUUGAAACUUCAGUUCUAUCCGUUUGUCUCAAUACCAUUUCAACUCUCUAUACAAUACCCUUUGGAAUUGGUGCUUCAACAAGCACAAGAGUUUCCAAUGAAUUAGGAGCUGGGAAUCCACAUGCUGCUCGUGUUGCUGUGUUGGCUGGAAUGUCUCUUGCAGUCAUGGAGACAAGUAUAGUAAGUGCAACACUCUUUGCCUGCCGCCAUGUGUAUGGUUAUAUUUUCAGCAAGGAGAAGCAAGUUGUUGACUAUGUCACUGUCAUGGCUCCUCUGGUUUGUUUAUCUGUUAUACUGGACAGCAUACAAGGUGUUCUUGCAGGGAUUGCUAGAGGUUGUGGAUGGCAACACAUUGGGGUUUAUGUCAAUCUAGGGGCCUUCUACCUCUGUGGGAUUCCAGUUGCAGCCUCAUUGGCAUUUUGGCUAAAACUGGGAGGAAAAGGUCUUUGGAUUGGUAUACAAGUUGGUUCUUUUGUUCAAACAGUUCUACUUUCUAUCAUAACAAGUUGUAUAAAUUGGGAACAGCAGGCAAUCAAGGCAAGAAAGAGGUUAUUUGAUGGGGACAAUUCUCCAUGA